GACGCCGUCACAACAACUUCUACCACAGCCAAGGCCUCUGGAAAAGCGUUUCCGAGGACGCCAGGGAAAUCUAGCCAGAGCGACGGCUCUUCAGACCUCGCUCAACAUCUCUUCCAAUCAUGGGGAGGCGAAAAUGUGGACCAUAUUGGAAAGUGAGCUGAGCACUUUGCGAAAUAUUUUGAGAAUCAUCUCUUUUUUUUUUUUUUUUAUAAACCCUGGCCCAACUUAAGGAUUCUGCAUAUGUUGGAUUCAGUGCUACCAGUACUGUGAAGUGUCAUAAAUCAUGAAGUCUAAUAACUGGCAAAUCCGAAAAAGUGGAAAAGAAUUUGAAAUACACCACAGUAUUAAAAUGUAUCCAAUAUUUGGGGCAUCUUCCAAAAUCCAGAGAAGCCUGUUGUAGUUCCCGGUUUUGCAGCUUUUGGUAAUAGAUGGUGUGGCAGCAGUGUGGCCCAGAUAAUUUCAUUGGAGUUUUUUUUUUCUUCUACUAAUGGCUUCCCACAAUAAAUCACUGUUGAGUGGUGGGUGUGGUGAUGGGAGUAUUGUGAAACGCAAGCGUAAUUCCCUAACAAUAGGCCAAAAAUUUGAAAUUUUACACAAAAUUCAGAAAGGUGAACUAAUGAAAAAUUUGUGUGUGGAGUAUGGUGUAGGUUUGUCUACCAUUUAUGAAAUAAAGAAACAGUGUGAAAAGCUCUUGGCAUUUAAUACUGAAAGUGAUUGCACAGGAGACAAUGUUAGUACUGUGAGGAAAAGUAUGCAUGGUGCUAAUUUAAAUGAUCAUGAUAAGGUUGUUUAUGAGUGGCUCCGGCAACAGCGUAGGGAAGGUGUUUCAGUUUCUGGGCCAAUGUUAAUUGAAAAGGCCAAACAGAUAUAUAAUGCCUUAAAUAUUAGUGAACCAUGUAAGUUUUCCUCAGGAUGGUUACAUAAGUUUAAACAUCGGCAUGGUAUUCGUCAUUUAAAAACCUAUUGUGAAAAACUGUCUACUGAAAGAGAGGCAGCUGAUAGAGUGGCUGCUGAUAGAGAAGUUGCAGACAAGUACAUCAGUGAAAUGUAUAAUUUGGUGAGGGCUGAAAAUCUAACUCCCGAACAAAUGUACAGUGCACACGAAGCGGGCCUCUUAUGGAGGUACUUGCCUCGUAACAUGCUCACUGGUGUUGAGCAAAGAGUAGCAUCUGGCAUCAAAGAUCCAAAGGAGAGAAUUACCUUUCUUACCUGUGCAAAUGCUGCAGGCACACACAAAUGUAAAUUGCUUGUGGUUGGGAACAGCAUUAACAAGCGUGCCUUGAAGGGGGUUAAGAAUUUGCCCGUUCAUUAUAGUUCCAAUAAACUGACCUGGAUAACUCGGGAAAUCACUAGUGAAUGGUUUGAUAACUUUGCGUUUGAGGCUCGUGUUCAUUGUCGCAAAGUGGGCCUGCCAGAGAAUUGCAAGAUUGUUCUCUUCAUGAACAAUUGUUUAGCUCGUCCUAAUGUGGACCAUUUAGUGUCUCACAAUGUCUUUGUCACCUACUUACCCCCUAAUUGUACUUCACUUCUUCAGCCAAAAGAUCAGGGCAUUAUUCGCAAUAUGAAGUGCAACUAUAGAAAUGAGUUUAUGAGACAUCUGGUGAGUUCUUGCACUGAUGCUUGUGAUGUGGAAGCGUUUAAGGAGGCAUUCACCAUUAAGGCUGCCCUUUGGGCUGUUGCUUGUGCUUGGGAUAAUGUACUACAGUCUACCUUGAAAAACUCUUGGCACAAUUUGUGGCCUGACUUGAUGCUUGGUGAUAAUGGUCAACCAGUGGAGAAUCAAGGAUUCAAUGUUUCCAGCGAGAAGUCACAAAUAGAAGAUUUGCUACAAUAUGCUAAAGACAUGAACAGGAACUAUACCCAAAACUUGAAGGAGAUUGACAUUGUGACAUGGAUGAACUGUGAUGACAACAUUCCAAUAAUGUGUCAACUAACUGAAGAAGAAGUUAGUAAUCUUGCAUUAAACUCAAAACCUUUGGAGAGUGAUGACAGUGAUAGCGACAGUGAUAUGACCCAGGAGAAGAUAUCCAUGGAUGAGGGAAUACGGUACGGUGAGCUUUAUCUUCGCUUUCUUGAGCAGAGAAGCUUUGUAACUCAGAAAGAUAUAAUAAAUGUUUACAAAGUUCAGGAGAAGAUGAUAAAGAAGAGGUCCAAUGACAAGAUGCAAGUAUCACUGCAAGACCUCUUUAAGAAGGCUUCUGAAGACAUAUCUCAGACUGUCGAAAAAAGUUUCACACCUUCCAAAAUACCACUGAAGGGAAAGAAACGCAAUGAAGGGACAGAAAAACUUCGUGGUGGGAAGAAGAAAAAUAAACUUAAGGAUAAUAACACCCAAGUUGAUGACCAGUCUGUGACAACGUCAGCAGAUGAAAAAGAGACCACAUUUAAGAAGAAUAAGCGUGACAGAAAAACACAUAAUAUUGCUGAAAAAAGAACUGGAAUACGACCAAUACUACCAAAAUUGGAAACUCCCCCAAAAUUAAUUCACAUGUAUAAAACCUCAGAGGACUACAUAAACGAGGACUUCUUUAAUGUUAAACAAGAGCCAUUAGAAGAUGGAGGCUGGGCAGAUAAUGACGAUAGCUACCACGACAUAUGCAUUGAAGGAGAGGACAAUACAAAAGGCCACCAUGUCAUGUUCAUUAAGAAAGAGUUUUAUGCAAAAAGUCACCAUGACAUGUCCACUGAAAAAAAGGACAUGACAAGAGACCCACUCUGCAUUGAUGAUAACUCUAUGGAUGUGCAGUGUGACUCUGUUAACUACAAUGAGGUAGCUAACGUUUGUAACGUCUCGGAGAACUAUGUCGAAGAUGACUUCAUUAAUAUUAAAGAAGAGCCAUUAGAUGAUGACAGCUGGGCAGAUAAUGAUGACAGCUACCAUGACAUGUGCAUUGAUAUCGAGGACAAUACACAAGACCAACAUGACAUGCACAUACAAGGACAAGACAACACCAAAGACCAACAAGGCAUACGCAUUGAGAGAAAGGGCAGCACAAAAGGCCGACAUGACAGGCGUAUUAAGAGAGAGGACAACACAAAAGACAAGCAUGAAAGCUCCAUUGAGAAAGAGGAUAUCAUGCAAGACAAACAUGACAUGUGCACUGAGAAAGAGGACAGCACUAAGGACCACCAUGACAUGUCUGUUGAAACAGAGGAUGAUGCAAGAGACCUCCACGUUGACAAUGCCUCUACGCCCAUGCCGUGUGAAACCACUAACUAUAACCAGGUGAAUUAUGUUCAACUUUUAAAUUCGAGUGUUGGAGGUGGAGGAGGAAAUGGGGGUGGAGGAAGCACAAUUUUGAAUCAACCCUUAUCCUCGUCCACUAAAACCAUUGCUCUCACAAAUUUAAAACCAAUUAUGAUAAGGCCAUUGCAGUCAGAUUUAAUGGAUUAUGCUGGUGGAAAUGGAAGGACCUUGAUACGACCUGGACCCUCACCCACUAAAAUUAUUGUUCAAUCCAACCAACAGAGCAAUGCACAAGUAAUGUUCCCAGUAACGGGUUCAGCAACAACGUCUAGUGUGGGAAGUGGGGUCUCUACGCUCACGCUGCCAUCUGCUGCUAUUCCCAUAGGAACUCAGCCCGGAUCAUUUGUUGUGAUUCCUCCUAAAUACAUGUCUCUGAUCAAACCCAAACCAAAAUCUGCAAAUCGUACUAAACCACCGCGCUCUUCUAAACAAAGAAAAUUAUGCAGUUGUACUAAAAGCCAGUGUCUUAAACAGUACUGUGAUUGUUUUGCAAGUGGUGCAUUUUGCGAUAAUUGUCACUGUACAAAUUGUUUCAACAAUGAGGAUCAUAAAGAAGAAAGACAGAAGGCUAUUACAGCUUGUUUAGACAGAAACCAAAAUGCUUUCCAAUCCAAGAAAUGUAACUGCAAGCGUUCAGGAUGCCUUAAGAAGUAUUGCCAAUGUUAUGAGGCUGGGAUAUCAUGCAGUACAUUGUGUAAUUGUGUUGGUUGUAUGAACCCAGGUGUUGAAGACAUAAGAUUAGAAAAGGAAGUGGAAUAUAUAGAUGUAGAUGCCCAAAUAGAUGAAACCAUGGAUCCAUCUGUUGAUGAGAAAGGAUUAGAGAAUGAAGAGAUGUAUAUAGAUAUCGAAGCCCAUGUGAGUCAAAACAUAAAUUCAACUGUUGAAGAGAAAGGAUUGGAGGAUCAAGUGGAGUGUGUAGAUACAGAAGAUCCUGCGAAUCAAAACGUGAAUCCAACUGCUGAGGACAAAGAAUUGGAGAAUCAAGUGCAGUCUGCAGAAGACCUAAUGAACCAAGUAAAGUUGGUGUUGACAAAACUUCCCUAAUUUUCUCAUCAUUCACCUUCAGAAAUGUUCUGACCCACAUAAGCAAACUGAGUGAAUAUUGAUGAAAAUACUCUCUCCACAAAAUCCAAGAAGUAGUUCAGCCUAGAGACAAGCCUCAAGAUGCUCCAGCAGCUCAAUGGGAGAGAAGGUGUAGCAGUUGGAAUGCAUUCAGUUGCUGUGGCCAAAGGUUACAUCCACUACCUGUAUAUAUAUAUAAAUCUACGGCAAUUUAUUUCAUCAUAUGGCUUCAUCCAUGACAAAAUUGCUACAUCAGGAAACCAUGAUAAAUAAACAGUGGAGGAGCUGGCAAUCUGGAUUGAAGACUAACACCAGGGUCAAGCACCUAUCAGUGGACUCAUCAUCCUGGAGAAUGUGCAGCCGAUCUUUAGGAUGCUGUGGGAGAAGGUAGGAGAACCAUUGAAGAUCUUCUGUGUCAGCAGAAAACUAUUUGACAAGUUCAAAGAUCAGUUACAAUUGCAUAUGAUCUCAGUAAUGGAUGAGACAACCAACAUAGACAAUGUGAUGGACACAGCAUUCUCUACAGAGCUGAAGGUGUUUGUCAAGGUUGAAGGGUAUAUUGUUCACCAAGUUUCCAGCAUAGAAGAGUCAGGCAUAUUUUAAACAUUCAUGGGAAAAAUUGUAUCUCGGACUGAGAACAGUACCAGAGCAUAGUCCAUUUUGAAGAGUGAAAAAUUCAAGCCUGUUGCAAUAUUUAUGUAACAUACAUAUUUGUAAUAUACAAAUAUACACACACACACAUAUGUAUAAUGUGUGUGUGUUGCAUAUUGUUUUCAGUUGCAUAUUGGCCUUGGGACCAUUCAGGCUUGUUCACACAUAUAUA